AUGAGCCUUGUCGCAUAUUACAUGGACGAUGGACGACCGAUCUCACAGGCGUCCCUACAGGCAGGCGAAAGGGAAUAUGAUACUCCUUCCCAAGAGCCGUCCCUCAAUGUCAGGGAGCUCCGGGAGGAACUUCGACAAGAACUAGAAGAGGAAUUCACCGCCGAACGAAAAGCAGAUGUGUGGAGGUCCUAUGCCGAAGCCGUGAAGACUCACCACGAUGAAUUGGUAGAGAGGUGGCAGGCCGAAAUGGACAACAUCCUCAUCUACGCUGGUUUGUUCUCUGCAGUUCUCACCGGAUUCAACGUCCAGUCUUACCAGCUCCUCCUUCCGACAAUUGUGGAUCCAUCUCUCGCUGUCCUCCAACAAAUCUCACAGCAACUGAGCAGCUUUUCUCUCGGCCCGUCCUUCGUCAACUCGACCCAUCCAGCUCGACCUGUAGAUCAGAUCCAGCCUCCAUUUCAUGCGCCAACGUCAGCGAUCCUGAUCAACGCGCUAUGGUUCCCGAGCCUCAUUUUCAGCCUCGCUUCCGCGUCCAUCGCACUAAUGGUCAAGCAGUGGUUGCACGACAUCUCCGUCGGGCUUUCUGGGACCUCUCCGCGAGAUGCGCGACGCCGCCAGUAUCGCCAUAACUCCCUACGGACGUGGCAAGUGGGAAUCAUUGUCCUCAUCCCGUCUAUACUCCUGCAACUCGCCCUUGUCAUGUUCCUUUCAGGCUUGCUGGCACUCCUUUGGACGCUCCACCGCACCGUCGCUAUCGUCGGAACCAUUCUGAUUGGCAUGCUUUUCCUGUUUCUCGUCAUUGUCGUGACGCUACCACUAUUUCGGUGGGACUGCUGCUACCGCACUCCGCAAGCGCAGGCGAUCUACGUCAUGGCCCGUCAGGUACUUCGCAGCACAAGCCAUGUCCUACGCUUCUGCGGUGGCUUGCUGCGUAGCCUGCUAGGCAUCCGCAUCGUCUCGUUCCUCAGGCGCAUCCCGUCUCCACUGAGGAUCAUAGACAAGAUGCCCACCUGGAGAGGGCGAGAAGAGAGGCAUCUAUCCAGUGCUGCCCAAGCGCUCGACUGCAGUACCGCUGUUAUGGCCUUCACGACCACCUACGACUUCACCUACCUCCACACAUUGCAUGUUGUCCUCCCUAUGCAGCACUUCAAACACUGCUUUAAUGACAUCGUCGCCGCACACAAAGAACAAUGGGGCACAGAGCCAUACAUGACCGACCGCUUCCGAACGACGGUCCUCGCGCGCCCGCUCCUGUACGCAAUACGCUGCAUAUACACUGCGGCAGUUAGGCCUAGGUGGGGGACCCCGAGGGAGAGGGAGAUCGAUCGGGUGUGUGAGUUCAUGCUGGACCAGGUCGAUGCGGGUAAGGUGGACGAUGUGGAUUAUGCGCUGACGACCUUCGCGUUGCUCGGGACCGGGGACGGCGAGUUGGUGAGGAAGGGGUAUGAGAAGAUGCAUACGGCGCUGAAGCAUAGGAAGUGGUACUUCGACAAGUGGAAACCCGAACCAUCCACGGCCGCCAUGGACCGUGAUAUGUUCCUCGAGUACCAACUCAGACCGCUGUAUGGCAUCCUCGUAUGCGCCAAGGAGGCGCUAUUCCCCUACACUCUUCUUUCACCGGAGCAAACGCAGGCCGUAUGCUCACAAACACGGGUCGUUCUGUCUACAUUCAAGGAAAAUCUGAAUUCGUUCGAUUGGGAGCAGUUGCUACCAACAGCUACGCUAGAUCCCUCACGGCCAAGAAGCAGGAUUUCAGCACCCAGCGAGGGGCCGGUACAAAGACGGCGUUUGCCCCGGAGGAGUCCGUCGAUCCCGGACGACCUCGGCGUCCUCAAUUGGUUCCGCUUGCGGUUCAGCUUCAAUGUCGUGGAGCCAAUCACAGCCCUCUGCGAGAAUCCACGCAGUGCGCAGGUCGUACCCGAGGGAACGGUCGAGGCGCUGCAGCGUAGCUGGACGGCGGUAAAGGCCUCGAUGGAUGCGCGCUUCCAUCUCCAGGGCUCUCGAUCUCCCAGUCCGGCUCCGGCUAUGCUGGAGGCACAGGACGGGCGGUAUCUACCGCCGAAUGCCAGGAGGAGUAUACGUGAGUUCGAAGGUAAAUUGGAGAAGCUGAGGCAGAUAGUCACCCGGAACGUGACGGGCGAGGAGAACAGUUUUUUGCUUGCACAUCCUGAUGUCUCCGUGCAGGUCCCAUCUCCAUCCGGGUCUGCACCGGCGGUUUUGCGGUCGUAG